UACCCAGAGCCUGAGCUGCCGCCAUCUAUCCCAGACGCCACUUCCUUCACCCCACCGAAAGGCAUACACAGCAGUCCGUCGCGAUGGAGAGACAAGCCUAGAACGAAACACAGCUCUCCUUUAAAACCCUCAAAGAGUCGGCCCCUCGAAAAACCUAGCAAGAAAUCUGCACUGCCGGUGCAUAGGUUCGAACCACCGCAAAGGGAAGGCGAAAGCAGCAUACAAGAGCCUUCUUUGGACGAUAAAGCCCACCCAGCUCGCCAAGUCUUAGCAUUUGAUCCAAAUGGGGACAAGAGAAAAGAAAAAUUAGCCUUGGAUGAAGAGAUUGCAAAAUUGAAGCGGGAUCUGCAGGUUGUGAGCAAGGAGAACGAUAGAAUUCGGCUGAUGCAGGCUUCUGGCCGUAUCUUGAGCUUUGCAGAUGAAGAAGAGGUGUUUAAUGUGGUGCGACGGCACCUCGUGGACUCCGAAACACAACCUCCGCCGCCACCAUCGCAGCAACUUUUGAAAGCGGCAUUAAACCCUGCGGCAUUGUUGCCCUUUGGGAGAACGACUCCCGUUGUCGCCACAGCAGAAGAUGAAGUCAACAUCACAGAUAUCAAGUCGCACCAUCCCAUAAAAAUGACAGCAGAGGAAGAGUUGCCAUACCUACAGCUAUUUAGUCCAUUCGACGUUACAUCGACUGUGGCUAUCUUGCACUCGGAUGGGGAACAGCCUUUGCGACAACGGCGCAUCAUGACGUUCAGGUCAAAAGAUGCGCCUGGACUCUUUACCUCUAAGAUCGAGAUGGUGGUGAACGCAAUGAAUUCCAGCAUCAUGGAGCUGAAGGUGGAUUCCCUGGAGCCUUCAGCAAGGGCUGAGCUGGGGCCAUUUGUUACCAAGUUAUGUGAGGGCGAUUGCAACAGGAGCAUGCAGCGUAACAUAGGGAUACUCUCAUGGGCUAUGGGGGAAUGGUACCAGGCUGCAGUUCAAAGGGCAUAUCUGUGGUCUAAACUAGAUCGCGAACUGGCGUCCAAGGGAGAAUUCUUACAGGCCAUUGCUGAGGCGCGGAAGAAGAAGCCGGCGCGGAGAGCAGCAACGGAAGAGCUGGAAAAAGAAGCUCAAUCAGCAUCUACCCCAUCUUUUAAGAAGGCUGAAUUGGUUCAUUUCAUGGGCCAGCAGGCAUUUGAGUUUGAUAUUCCGUCGAAGAAGCGAUCAGACCCUACAUCAUCGGUACGGUUGGAGUGGAAGAUUGAUUUUGAUUGGAUUGGGGAGGCGCAAAAUAAGGUGGCUGUCAUGAUUGGCGUACCAGGCAAAUGGCGAAAGGCGGAUCAACGGGGAGUGCUGGGAAAGCUUCCCAAACUGUUUGAAGACCUUGUGGAGGGCGGGCAGGACCCAUCCCUCGCUGUCAAAACUAUUGUGGCAUUAGUUGUAGGCGAGCAAUGA